UAUCGGAUCGACGUCUUGCAUCGGUUUGUAGCCGAGCGUCGGGACGUCUUCGACGACGCGCGACACUUGUUGUACAAUUCGCGAUUUUUGCAUAUCGUGUGAUUUUUUUUGGUGAACGUUUUUUAUUUAUUUUUUGAGGUGGUUUCUGUCUCUGGGGCAAAUUGCCGAACCUGCCUGACAAAAUGAGUAAUCAAGUGGAUGGAAUGGAGUUGGAGACUCUUUAUCAACGAUACUGCAUCCGAUUGAAGCACGCCCUAUUUCUGUCCUGUUUAACUGUGUCAGCAAUUACCUCUGUGGGACUGCUUAUUGCUACGUGUGCGUUGCAGGAUGUACAUGAGAUACCGAUGCCAGUCAUAGUGUUAUCCCUUCUGGCCUUUGCUUUAAUAACGAUCCUGAUGGCAUCCCAGUUCCCACCAAUCAUGGAAUCGGAAGCUUGGGCUCUGACGGCGUCGUUGUUAAUAAUCGGGGCCGCGACGACGGCCAUGCUCCUGCUGGCCGGCCGACACGCGCCCCUUCCUCUGUUCGCGCUCCUGGUUGCGGUCCACACCAUGUUACCGCUGUCCAGGGCGGUCUCCUCCGUGCUGGCGGUGGUAGUGACGGUGGCCCACGUCGCCGUCUCGGUUGCCUAUCGGCUGCAAGCUGGAGAUCGAGCUUACUUCGAACAGUUGGUUCCGGAAUGUGUCGUGCUGGUGGUGGCCAGUGCGACUGGUCUCUAUUACCGUUACAUGACGGAAGAGGCUCACAGGAGGACUUUCGUGGGUACGAGGACUUGCAUCGAGUCGCGUGUCAAGCUUGAGUGUGAGAAGGAACAGCAGGAACAACUUUUGCUCAGCGUCAUUCCGGCUUACAUUGCUGCUGAGGUGAAACGAAGCAUAAUGCUGAAGAUGGCGGACGCUUGUCAAGAGCAAUCAAACCGAAGUUUCCACGAGAUGUACGUGCAGCGUCACAACAACGUCUCAAUCCUCUAUGCGGACAUCGUCAAUUUUACGCCCCUCUCGGAACAAUUGUCCGCCUCCGAUUUGGUCAAGACACUCAACGAAUUGUUCGGCAGGUUCGACCAAAUCGCACAAGACAACCAAUGUAUGAGAAUAAAGAUCCUGGGGGACUGUUACUACUGCGUGUCCGGUUUGCCUGUGUCGCGUCCGAAUCACGCCUACAACUGCGUGAAUAUGGGACUGCAAAUGAUCGAGGCCAUCAGGUUCGUCCGUGAGGCGACCGGUUUCAACGUGGACAUGAGGAUCGGAAUACACACCGGAAACGUGCUGUGCGGCGUGUUGGGAUUAAGGAAGUGGCAGUUCGACGUGUGGAGCGACGACGUCACUUUGGCCAAUCACAUGGAAUCGGGCGGCAUUGCCGGGAGGGUCCACAUAACAAAAGCGACGCUGGAUCAAUUAGGAGAUAGGUUUGAAGUCGAACCAGGGGACGGGAUGAGCAGAGAAGGUUAUUUAGCCGAUCAUAAAAUCGAAACUUUUCUCAUUAUACCACCGAAGAAAGCUUCCGAAACUGAAGCCCAGAACGGAAAUUUGAAGCUGGCUCUAACCAAUUCCUCGGAGAGGAACAACAGCAUCAGCGACGGCGGCGGCAUGAGCUCGGCAACACCUGGUGGUCCACCCACACGUUCCAGACCCUCCAGCAAGAUGACCAAGUACGUGGAGUGUUGGGGUGCGGACAAACCGUUUGCCAACAUCGCCGAAUCCACGUUGGCCAAGAACAUUGAGUUGACGUCCACUUCGUAUCUUCAGACACUAGCAAUGAUAGAAUCGAACCUGCUGCCCGAUAGGAGUACGUGUCUGCAAUGCAAGAAAUGGUGGAGCAGCGACGAACUUCAUCCAGCGCUGUUGUGGUUCCAGAACAGAAAGCAGGAGAGGGAAUACCGCAGCCAACCCGAUUCGGAGUUUCGCUAUUACAUAGCGUGUGCCUCCGUUAUUUUUAUUGCUAUGUGUGUCAUGCAGAUCGCCACAAUACCCAGUACAAUAGUGCUGUAUGGUACUCUAUCACCAACUUUGGUGGUUCUGUUGAUCUUCGUGUACCUGUGCUGGCUUGACGGCUGCUGCGGUCCACGACCACCCUCGGACACACCGGCCGACGAGCCAGGAGUUUGUGCACCUCCAGGACAAAUCGUCGCUGAAAGUCGUUGUCUCAGGUUGGCGAUAUUCCUUGUUUCUGUGACUCUCAUUUCGGCCUGUGCUGUCAUCACAUUAGUGGAUUACAAUCCCAUCAAUAAAUCAGACUUAUUCACUGCUAGUGCACUGACUUCAAAUGACACUAACUUUACAUUAGAAGACUUUGUUCCUCAAUAUGUACCACAAAAUUUAAAUAAUUUGCCUAAUAACAUAUCAACAUUUUUAUCGAAUGACACCAUCAUUGAAGAUUUAAACCAAAUAGUCCACUACGUGCCGACGUAUUUGUAUAGUUCUGCCUUGGUAUUGGCGGCUAUAUCUGUGUUUCUUCGUAUUGGAUUCAUCUUGAAACUGGGAUUAAUGGUUGUUUCCGUGAUUACGCAUAUUGUAAUUUAUAGUUAUUUAGAGUUUUUCCAAAAAUAUCACGACGCCCACGAUGAUGAGUUUCCCAAUAUACCGUUUGAAAUUAAGAGCGCCUUAGUGUUGGCAUUAGUUGUAAUCUUCUUCCACAUUCUGGACAGACAAAUUGAAUUCACAUCCAGGACUGAUUAUUUAUGGAAAGCCAAAUUAAAGGUGGAACAAGAAGAAGUUGAGACUAUGAGGGGAAUUAAUAAAAUAUUGUUAGAAAAUAUCUUGCCCGCUCACGUCGCCGAACAUUUCUUGAUGACACGAGCUAACCAAGAAUUGUACCACGAACGUUACUCCUGUAUAGCAGUGAUGUUCGCCUCAAUUCCCAAUUACAAGGAGUUUUAUGACGAAAGUGAUGUUAAUAAACAGGGAUUAGAGUGCUUAAGGUUGCUCAAUGAAAUCAUUUGCGAAUUUGACAAAUUACUUUUAAAACCCAAGUUCAGUUGUAUCGAAAAAAUUAAAACCAUCGGAAGCACGUACAUGUUGGCCUCUGGAUUGCGGCCAGGAAAAGAAGAAAGUAGUAAGGCCUCUAGAAAAGAAGAACAUAUCAUAAUCGCCCUCGUAGACUUUGCCGUUUUACUAAUGUCGAGUUUGGAUCAAAUUAACAGGGAUGCUUUCCAGAGGUUCAAACUGAGAGUUGGUUUAAACCAUGGACCAGUGAUAGCGGGAGUGGUAGGCGCCCAAAAACCCCAGUACGACAUUUGGGGCAACACAGUCAACGUAGCAUCCAGAAUGGACUCCUGUGGUAUAAUGGGUAGGAUUCAGGUGACCGAGGACACCGCCAAAAUCCUGAUGAAUGCAGGAUACAAUUGCGAAUGUCGAGGACCUACUUAUGUGAAGGGAAAAGGCACACUGACGACGUACUUCGUCAAGACGCAGUUCGACGAUAAAUAGCGAUGCGAGGAGUGUUAGGACAAUUUUAGUUCGAUUUUUAAGGUUUCUAAGAAUGAACCUCGGAAACUGUAAAUGUUUCGGUUCCUAUGUAAAUUUCAAGCCUAGUUUACUUUUUAUGACUUUUAUUCAUAUACAAAAAAUGAUAUUUUUUCUAGUCGUGUAAAUACUCAGCAAAAUCAAAAUAUUUACUACUUGCUGAAUCUGUGUCGUAAUUUAUCUAUACUCACUUGUUUCCUGUUCCAUUUAGCUCAGUGUAGUUCUUAAAAUGUGUCUUGAUGAUAUUGUAAUAUAUAUGUAUCAUGCAUUUUAAACAGUAGGGCUCUCUUCCAAAUUUUAGAAUUUCUGGAAGAUUUCCUGAAUCACAUUGCUAAGAUUAAGUACCUGACUGAUAUUAAGUAAUUCAAAUAAUCUAUGUGGAUGCUUGUAGUAAAUAGUAAAAACACCAAAACAUAUAGAAUGGAUGUUCGUUAUAGAGCAAAUUAAGGUUUCAUUAUUUUACAUAUACAAUUAAAUUGAUGUAAAUUAUAGACAAACGUUAUCAGUGUAAAUGUAUUUAUUAAAUUUUCAUGACAA